AUGGCAGAAAUGCUGGGCUCGCGGCUGCUGUCGCCCACGUGGGUGUGGAAGCUGAAGCGGUUCCUGAACAUCGGAGAUGAACACAAGCUCAAGCAAGCCUGCGCGAUCGUGCACGAGCUGACGCACCGGGUGAUGACGACACGGAUGUGGCAUGAACUUUUGCUUGCCGGCAAGGACACUACCGACUUCAGCUUGGCGUGGAUUCUGGUCAACCUGAACCGGUACCCGGACGUGCUGACCAAGCUACGCAAGGAGAUCAACGAGAAGCUCCCGGGACUCGUAACGGGUGAGAUCGACAUCCCAACCAUGGACGACUUGAAGGACAUGCCGAAUUUGGAGGCGGUAGUCAAGGAGAGCCUCCGUCUGCACGCUAUCGCGACCACCCGUGUGCCCAACAAGUCGGUCACACUGAGCGAUGGAACGUUCGUGCCGGCUGGGUGUACCGCUCGAAUGACGAGUGUGUGGGGCGAGGACGCUUCGGUGUACAAGCCCGAGCGCUGGAUCGACGCUGAGACCGGCAAGGUCAAGAUGUGCGUCGGCAUGCGCUUCGCUCUGCUGGAGAUGCGCAUCGCCACCGCCGUGCUCUUCAGCCGCUUCGACCUCAAGACGGUGGACGACCCAUUCGAUGUCACCUUACGCAGAGGAGGUGAAGACUGA